AGUCGGUGUCUCUUUUAGCUGGAGGCCGCUGUGCACGCACGGAGCAGUACAGCAUUCGUGUCGGCGUCGGCGGCUGUCAAAGGCAGCUUGCAGGGAACGCACGCACGCGGGUGUGACACGUGGCAGCGAUCCAAACCAAGGGUCUAAUCGCCUGCUAACGAUUCUGGGCCGUUAGAUUCUUCUGUCCUCACAUCCGUGGACAGCUGGUCUUCGAGCUUUUGGCUAUGGCGUCGACGACAGCUGCUGCCGCCGCAGUCGCGCCCAUUGCAGGCGUUGCUUCUUCAUCGAAGACUUCGAGGAAGGAACAACGGAGAGCUGCGCGCCAAGCAACGUCCUCCUCAUGGAUAUGUCAGAGAACCGGCCUUCGUGUGACCUCCACUGCCUCCUCUUUCCUCUCUUCUCCCACCUUCUCCUCCUCCUCGCUUGCCGUGAGAGAUAAUGGCCACCAUAGCCAUGGAGCGGCGCCGGCGGGCAGAAGACUCACAGUGACGAAGAGUAUGGCGAAGGAGUUGUACUUCAACAAAGAUGGCUCGGCGAUGAAGAAGAUGCAGGCUGGUGUGGAUAAGCUGGCCAAUUUGGUUGGUGUUACGCUUGGCCCGAAGGGACGCAACGUUGUGCUAGAGAGUAAAUACGGCGCGCCGAAAAUCGUCAACGAUGGGGUCACUGUGGCGAAGGAGGUUGAGUUAGAGGACCCUGUGGAGAACAUUGGUGCCAAGCUUGUCCGCCAAGCAGCGAGCAAGACGAAUGACCUUGCCGGUGAUGGAACAACCACCUCUGUUGUUCUUGCCCAAGGCCUCAUUGCAGAGGGGAUGAAGGUUGUGGCUGCGGGUGCAAACCCUGUGCAAAUCACGAGGGGAAUUGACAAGACAGUCGCCGCUCUCGUAAAGGAACUGAAGGCUAUGUCGAAGGAGGUGGAGGACAAGGAGCUUGCUGAUGUGGCAGCGGUGAGCGCUGGAAACAAUUAUGAGGUGGGCAACAUGAUUGCAGAAGCGAUGGCCAAGGUUGGGAGAAGCGGAGUCAUUACAUUGGAGGAGGCCAAGAGCGUAGAGAACAACCUUUAUGUCGUCGAGGGUAUGCAGUUUGACAGAGGGUACAUUUCUCCCUACUUUGUGACUGACCCCGAGCGAAUGUGCGCUGAGUACGAGAACUGCAAGCUCCUCCUUGUGGACAAGAAGAUCACCACCGCCCGCGACAUGAUUGGCAUUCUGGAAGAUGCGAUCAGGAACGGCUACCCUCUUGUCAUUAUUGCUGAGGAUAUUGAGCAAGAAGCGUUGGCGACGCUUGUUGUUAACAAGCUGCGAGGUUCUUUGAAGGUGGCUGCUCUUAAAGCUCCUGGGUUUGGAGAGCGCAAGAGCCAGUACCUUGAUGACAUUGCGAUCCUAACUGGAGGCACUGUGGUGCGUGAGGAGAUUGGUCUUUCAUUGGACAAAGUGGGCCGGGAGGUCCUUGGAACCGCGGCGAAGAUUGAGCUCACCAAGGACCACACCACCAUUGUUGGUGAUGGAUCCACACAAGAUGCAGUGUCUGCCAGGGUCAAGCAGAUUAAGGCCCUGAUCGAGGAAACUGAGCAGGACUAUGAGAAGGAGAAGUUGAACGAGCGCAUUGCUAAGCUCUCUGGCGGAGUGGCGAUUGUCCAGGUUGGUGCCCAGACAGAGACAGAGUUGAAGGAGAAGAAGCUUCGUGUUGAAGAUGCUCUUAAUGCGACUAAGGCAGCAGUCGAGGAGGGAAUAGUUGUGGGUGGUGGUUGUACUCUCCUGAGACUGUCUAGCAAGGUUGAUGCUAUUCAGAGCACGCUGGAGAACCAAGAGCAAAAGGUUAGGCAAAGUGAUAACAUUAACUAUGGCUACAAUGCUGCAACUGGAGUGUAUGAAGAUUUGAUGGCAGCUGGGAUCAUUGACCCGACGAAGGUUGUGCGGUGCUGUCUGGAGCAUGCUGGCUCUGUGGCCAAGACCUUCUUGACGUCAGACUGCGUCGUUGUAGAUAUUAAGGAGCCUGAGCCGGCUGGUGCUGCCAUGGGCAAUCCUAUGGACGCUUCAGGUUAUGGGUACUAGGCUUGAGCACAGGGGUCUGGUAAUUGUUGUAAUCUGCGAGCAGCGGUCUCCAGGGAAUGACUGUGGCUUCAGCAGAGGAGGGCAAGAGAGUAGGUCGAUGUAGGGUAUAUUGUCCUUGUCAGUAGUGAUUAGGUUUGUUUGCUCUUAGGUCAAUGCGGGAUUCGAUUCAAUUUUUGAUGAGAUAGCACAUCCAACCGACUUCUUGAGGCUGUUACGCUCCCCUCUUUUUUUCUUGAGUGAAUUGGAGCCUAUACAUCAUUCUUCGUGUAUUGCGUUCGCUUUCCUGAGAUGAUGCUUCAUCAGCAUUGUCUUUAUGGGAUUUAAAUCAUCAUCGAAAAAGAAAAUUUCCUUCUGAAGUGUGAGCGCUUUGUAAGCUACAUAUGAUAUUGUCUUCAUUAUGCUCCAUGCUCUUGUGUGUGUGUGUGUGUGUGUGUGUGUGUGUGUAGGUCUGUGUGUGUUUGUGACACGUGUUUUCUAGUGUUCAUGUUCGCUAUACACAUCUCCACGAAGAAAAGCAUCGACUUCCAGACUGUUCUGUCGGACUUAACUCUGAAAGGAGGGUCUGUGUUUGCGACACGUUUCAGUGUGUGUGUGUGUGUCUCCGUAUGUUUGUGUGUCUGCACGCUGAAUGUGUGUGCACGGGUUCAUGUGGGUAUGUGUGUGGUAGAGAGAGAGAGAGAGAGAGAGAGGAUGCUGUAUGUGUGUGCCCAUGUGUGUGUGGUAGAGAGUAUGUGUGUGCAUGGGUUCAUAUGUGUGUGGUAGAGAGAGAGAGAGAGAGAAUGUUUGGAAAGCAGUCUGCAGAAUUUUAUGAUGAUACAAAAUUGAAACGAGUGAAUCAGAGGGUCUCAAAGCUACUCUUCAGUUUGGAAAGUAGUCUGCAGUACUUGCACAAGCCGGUGCUUUUUGGUUUGUUUUAUGUACCGUGAAUCCGAUAUGAAUCAGAGGGUCUCAAAGCUACUCUUCAGCUGAGAUUGUGUGGAGAGAACAAUUCAUUUUUGUGUGCUGCAGUCUCCAUUGGGAGUUUUGUGUGGAGAGAACAAUUCAUUUUUGCGUGCUGCAGUCUCUAUUGGGAGUCUUCCGCUCCAUUGGGAGUCUUCUGUGGAGAGAACAAUUCAUUUUUCCGUGCUGCGGUCUCCAUUGGAAGUCUUCCAGUUUGGAAUGCCCCCACUCUU